UGAGCGGUUACCAUGCAUUUAUAAACUACACAAACGUAUAAUUAUAAUUUUUAUAUAUUUUUAAUACCGCCGCGCAACUUGUAACUUAAAGUUAGAAAAAAAAAAUACUAAACAGUUUUUUUUCUGAAAAAAAAAAAAAAUAAUAAUUAAAAUUUAUCGAAUUGAGAAAAAAUCACAAAGUUUUUUGAAACGAAUCGAAUUAAGAAAGACGACGACGGGGUUGUUUGCCCGAGAGCGAGCAAGUGUGUUCGAAAAAAUGUCAAUUUUUGACAAAGUUAAGAAUUUUUGAAAAAAAAUCGCAAAAUAAAAAAUAUUCAUCCAAAACCGCGAUUUAAGUGUCCAACCCCUUGAAAAAAAAAAAAGAUUUUGGCCCGUCUUAAAUUUUCGGUCCAAAAUUAGUUUAAGUUAUUUUUCAAAAGUUCCAAAAAAUAAAUCAAACAAAAUGUCACAAAUCAUAUUCCUAUUGUGUUGUUUAACAUUAUUUGUGGCAAGUGCAUCGGCGCAAUGCUCGUGGGAAUUUGUACGCACAACAAUGGAUAUCAAGUGCAAACUGCGAGUCAUAGACGCCACCCCACAUGGAUUAGAUCUACAAGUGGCCGAAACGGCCAACAAUUUGGAUAUACAGUGCGACGAGGAUCUAUUGUACGCGAGUGAAUUGCCAAUAAACGCCUUUGUUCGAUUGCAAAAGCUCUCCGAGUUGCGCGUAGAUUCGUGUAAAUUGCAACGUUUGCAACAAAAUGCCUUCGAAGGUUUGGUGUCGUUGAAGAAAUUAACGGUUAGCACCCGGAAUUCGAUCUGGGGACCGGGUAAAAGUUUGGACAUAUUGACAAAUACUUUUGCCGGUUUGCGUGACCUCCAGACGUUGGAGUUGAGUGAGAAUAAUAUUAGACAACUGCCAGAGGGUGUUUGGUGUCCUUUGCAUAGUUUGAAGGUUUUGAAUUUAACCGCGAAUCGUAUUCGGUCGGCGGAUAGUUUGGGAUUCUCGGAGAAACUGUGUUCGAUCGGUGGAAUGCAGGGUUCGGGAUCGGAAUUGCAAGUUAUUGAUGCAAGUUCGAAUGAGAUUCGUUCGUUGCCGGAGAAUUGGGGUGCAUCGCGUUUGCGCCGGCUGCAGCAGCUAAAACUGCAGCACAAUAAUAUCACAAGUAUUGCUGCGGAUGCCUUCAGUGGUUUGACCAGUCUGCGAACACUGAAUUUGAGCUACAAUCAUCUGGAGACAAUUCCAAUUGAUGCAUUCGCCAACAACAAGGAACUGCGAGAGAUUCACCUGCAGUCCAACGAGUUGUACGAUCUUCCAAAGGGAAUCUUCCAUCGUCUUGAACAGUUGCUCGUUUUGGACUUGUCUGGCAAUCAACUGACCAGUCAUCAUGUCGAUAACACAACUUUCGCCGGCUUGAUCCGUUUGAUCGUCCUUAAUCUGGCCAACAACGCUCUGACAAGGAUCGGCUCGAAGACAUUCAAAGAGCUGUAUUUCUUGCAGAUCCUCGACAUGCGCAACAACUCCAUUGGACACAUUGAAGAUGGUGCAUUUCUGCCUUUGUAUAAUCUGCACACUUUGAAUCUGGCCGAGAAUCGUCUGCACACUUUGGACAACCAGAUCUUCAAUGGACUUUAUGUGCUGACGAAGCUCACUCUGAACAACAACCUCAUCAGCAUUAUCGAGAGUAAGGCUUUCCGCAACUGUUCUGACUUAAAAGAACUCGAUCUUAGUUCAAAUCAGCUUGCUGAAGUUCCAGAAGCUAUCCAAGAUCUGACUGUGCUCAAAACACUCGAUUUGGGUGAGAACCAGAUUUCCGACUUCAAAAACGGCACAUUCCGUAAUUUAAAUCAACUGACCGGUCUUCGUUUGAUCGACAAUAGAAUCGGCAACAUCACAAAAGACAUGUUUGCCGAGCUUCCACGUCUGAGUGUGUUGAAUUUGGCCAAGAACCGCAUUCAGGCUAUCGAACGAGGUGCUCUGGACAAAAAUACCGAAAUCGAGGCAAUUCGUCUUGACAGAAAUUUCCUAACCGACAUUAAUGGAAUUUUUGCAACUUUGACUUCUCUUCUGUGGCUGAAUCUUUCCGAGAAUCAUCUGGUGUGGUUCGAUUAUGCCUUCAUUCCAAGCAAUCUCAAGUGGCUCGAUAUCCAUGGCAACUACAUCGAAGCUCUGGGCAACUACUACAAACUGCAGGAAGAGAUUCGUGUGACCACUCUGGAUGCCAGUCAUAAUCGCAUCACAGAAAUUGGUCCAAUGGCAGUGCCCAAUUCCAUUGAGCUUCUAUUCAUCAACAACAACAUCAUCAGCUCCAUUCAGGCAAACACAUUUGUCGAUAAGACCAAACUCGCCCGAGUGGAUCUCUAUGCCAAUGUCCUGUCCAAGAUUCCAUUGAAUUCGUUGCGAGUUGCCCCCGUGUCAAGUGAGAAGCAAGUGCCUGAAUUCUAUCUCGGUGGAAACCCCUUCGAGUGUGACUGUUCCAUGGAAUGGUUGCAGAGAAUCAACAAUCUAACCACUCGCCAGCACCCAAAGAUCAUUGAUUUGACCAACAUCGAGUGUUUGAUGCCCCACAGCCGCAACUCACCAAUCCGCCCAUUGACUUCCCUCUCCAGCCAGGAUUUCGUGUGCAAAUAUGAGUCCCACUGCCCGACAACCUGCCAUUGUUGUGACUUCGAAGCGUGUCAGUGUGAAAUGAAAUGUCCUCAGAACUGCUCGUGCUUCCAUGACGCCACAUGGUCCACGAACAUCGUUGACUGUGGCAAGCAGAAUCGCAACACGCUCCCCAGUAAACUGCCUCUGGAUGUGACCGACCUGUACCUCGAUGGGAACAAUCUACCCGUCCUCCAUUCCCAUGUCUUCGAGGCGAGAAGGAAUCUGAGAGCACUUUAUCUGAAUUCCAGCAACGUGAUGACGAUAGAGAACAAGACUUUCAGUGAUCUUGGCAUGCUCCGUGUGCUCCACCUCGAGAACAAUAAAAUCCAAUCGUUAGGUGGACAUGAAUUCGGACAGCUAUCUCUGCUCAGAGAACUAUAUCUUCAGAACAAUCUUCUAACCCAAAUCGGAAAUGCCACCUUUGCUCCUUUGGUGUCACUGAAGGUCCUGCGAUUGGACAACAAUCGGCUGGUGUCGAUCAACAUUCCACAAUUUGUCAAUCUGCAGUACCGCAAUGGUCUGGAAGCUCUGACCAUUGGACGCAACUCAUGGUCGUGUCGUUGUCGCUUCCUUCAAGAUCUCUCCCAGUUUGCCUCCGAUAACGCCAUGAUCAUCAAGGAUGCCGCCGAGAUCUACUGUGUCGAUGGUGCAGUGAAGCGUGAAUUAGAUCUCACUGCCCAGGCCGAAUGCAGUGAACUUCUCGAAAACAGCAGCAACCUCGCAUCGCAGGACAUCAAUGGCGGAUAUGUCCCCCUUUUGGCUGCAGUUUUGGUGCUCAUAUUUCUGAUUGUCGUUCUGAUCGUGGUUUUCGUCUUCAGAGAAUCGGUGAGAAUGUGGCUCUUUGCCCACUAUGGUGUUCGUGUUUGUGAACCUCGCUUCGAAGAUGCCGGCAAGCUAUACGACGCCAUCAUCCUGCACUCCGCGAAGGAUUACGAAUUUGUGUGCAGAAAUAUCGCCGCCGAGUUGGAACACGGUCGCCCACCAUUCAGACUGUGCAUCCAGCAAAGAGACCUCCCGCCAGAGGCAUCACACCUGCAGAUCGUCGAAGCAUCCCGUGCAUCUCGCAAAAUCAUCCUCGUCCUGACCCGGAAUCUCAUUCAAACCGAAUGGAAUCGCAUCGAAUUCCGCAAUGCCUUCCACGAAGCGCUUCGCGGUCUGGCGAGCAAACUGGUGAUCAUCGAAGAGACAGCUGUUAGUGCCGAGGCUGAAGAGGUGCCCGAACUUGCUCCGUAUCUUAAAUCAGUGCCAUCAAAUCGUCUGCUCACCUGCGAUCGCUACUUCUGGGAGAAACUCCGCUAUGCCAUUCCAAUUGAGCUGUCACCACGAGGUAACAACUACACAUUGGACCAUCACGAACGCUUCAAGCAACCCGUCAGUCCCGGAGUGAUCUUCCGUCAGGCUCCACCUCCUCCAGCCUACUACCAGGAGGACAUGGAAGCCAACUACUCGUCCGCCACCACCGCAACUCCCAGUCCACGACCAAGUCGCCAUGUUGCCCGUCCAUGUGAAAGCAUCGCCAUGCGACCACCCUCCGAACACAUCUACUCCAGUAUCGAAUCGGAGUACAGUGCCUACGAUCAACAGGAGAAUCUCUCAAUGAUCCCAAGUGGCCAGCAGCAACUUCUAGGCCAUCCACACUUCCGCUCUGGUGGAGGUGCCCAACACAAUCUUCGAAACCCACAUCAUCCUUCGUCUUCGGCACAGUGGCGGCCCAUCCAACAAGCUCCAGUGCACCUUCGAACAAAUAGCAAUCUGAGCAAUGCUUCAACCUCGACACAAUCCACGUCGGCAGCUAUCCAGUCAACUCAAGCACAACCCGCAGCGACAGCGGCUUCCGCUCCAGCAGCUUCCUCAGCCACAAUAGCCACUGCACCAACAGCUCCAAGUACGAGCAAUUCCAAUAAUCAGUCGGGCAAUCAGGCGUUCCUAGUUUAACCCAACAAAACUUACAUUAUGAUUCUUCUUAACAGAAAAUAAAAUAAAAACAAAAUCAAUGUGAUAUUAAAUAAUGUAUUAAAGUUUGUAAAAAAAUUAUAAAAUUAUAAUUAUUCUAUAUUUAUAGUUAUAGUAUUAUUAAUCAUAAAUAGCGUGUCAUUUUAUUAUUGUAAAUAUUUCCAUGCGAGACAUAUAAACUGAAUCUUAAAUAAAGCGGACUGAUAGACUUCUAAACGAAAAAAUAAAAAAAACUUAAAUAUUGUAAUGAAAAAUUACAACAAAUAUUUUUAUAAAAUUUACACAAAAUAUAAAAGAAAAAAUAUAAAACUAUUAUACUUACGCGCAUGUUGUACAUAAAAAUUGUAUUAAAAAAACAUUAAAACUAAAAAUAUAAAUAAUAAAUUGUGAAAUUUAAUUUUUCAAAUUACGUAGCUAGAAACUUUAUUAUUAAAUAAAUUCUUUUUAUUUUGUUUAUAUUUUUUUUAUUUAAUUUAAUUUUGUAAAUCACUGAAA